UCGAUUGUUGUAAUUCUUUAGAUAAACUCUGUAGAAAAGGAAAGGAAAGAAGGAAAGGAAGAGGCUGACGUAUGCUGCAUCCAUGGCGAGAUGGAGCAUGCUGUGAUGGUCCAUGGAGGUGGAGUCUCCUCGGCAACAUGGGCAUCGCUCCAUUGCUUUGAUUUGAUAGGUGAAGCAUUGAAGGCAGCGAAAGCACUUUUUAUGUGUUCGCUCAGAGCCCCUCUCUCUCUCUUUUCGCUGAGACACCUGCAGUGGCAACAGCAGCAACAUCAGCAGCAGCGCAGGCCGAGCCAAGCGCAGAAACAGCACAAAGGAGCAGCCACAGAUCUGCCCAUAAACAAUUCCUCCAAAGAAUAGAAAACCUCCAACUUUGUUAAAUUAAUGAGGGGGCGUGAGAGAGAAGAGGACAUCAAAAGACCACAUCGCCGCUCGCUCUCACUUUAGCUACCGCACCGCACACAGCACCGAAACCGAAGCCACCACCCAGUUCAUUGUGAAUAAAAGGCCCCAGCCCAGCAUAUUCUCGUAGCAAGACGCCUCCUUUCUGCCUCCCUUGGUCUUGCUUUUCCAGGGCAAUGGUUGCUUCCGAGGAGCAGAGGAUGAUGGGGCUCGCCUCGGCCUGAGAGGCGGUGAUGCUCCUGCUGCUGCCUCUGCCUAGGAGCCGGAGGAAGGGGGCGGCGGGGGGUUUCUGAAGGCGGCGAGUGUGGUGGACGGGGGAAGGUUGGAUUUUUAGGGGUUUUUCUUUCUCGAGGCGGAGUGAUGGAGAUGGUAGCGAGCGGAAAGGAGGCGGGGAAAGCACAGCAGCAUGCGGCGGCGUUGGAGGCGGGGAAGUACGUGAGGUACACGCCGGAGCAGGUGGAUGCGCUCGAGAGAGUCUACAGCGAAUGCCCGAAGCCGAGCUCGCUGAGGAGGCAACAACUCAUACGGGAGUGCCCCAUCCUCUCCAACAUCGAGCCCAAGCAGAUCAAAGUCUGGUUCCAGAAUCGGAGAUGUCGGGAGAAGCAACGAAAGGAAGCUUCUCGUCUCCAAACAGUGAACCGCAAGCUGAAUGCUAUGAACAAACUGCUGAUGGAGGAAAAUGACCGUCUGCAGAAGCAGGUUUCGCAACUCGUCUAUGAGAAUGGCUACAUGCGCCAGCAAAUUCAUAGUACAUCUGUAGCAACCACCGAUAACAGUUGCGAAUCUGUAGUUGCAAGUGGUCAGCACCACCAUCAACAAAACCCAACACCUCAGCAUCCGCCUAGAGAUGCAAACAACCCAGCUGGUCUCCUUGCUAUUGCCGAGGAGACAUUGACACAGUUCCUUUCAAAGGCUACUGGAACUGCUGUCGAUUGGGUUCAAAUGGUUGGGAUGAAGCCUGGUCCGGAUUCCAUUGGAAUCAUCGCUGUUUCUCACAAUUGCAGUGGAGUAGCAGCUAGAGCCUGUGGCCUUGUGGGUUUAGAACCCACAAAGGUUGCAGAGAUUCUCAAAGAUCGUCAAUCAUGGUAUCGUGAUUGUCGUUGCCUUGAUGUGCUUACGGUAAUUCCUACAGCCAAUGGUGGGAAUAUCGAACUUGUCUACAUGCAGACAUACGCACCGACUACACUGGCAGUAGCACGAGAUUUCUGGACACUGAGGUACACAACAGCUCUGGAAGACGGCAGCCUUGUGGUCUGUGAACGGUCUUUGACACCUACAACUGGUGGUCCUCCCGGUCCAUCGGUUCCCAAUUUUGUUAAAGCUGAAAUGCUUCCCAGUGGUUCUCUAAUUCGGCCGUGUGACGGUGGUGGAUCAAUGAUUCACAUAGUGGAUCAUGUUGAUUUAGAUGCAUGGAGUGUACCUGAGGUUCUCAGACCCUUGUAUGAAUCGCCGAAAAUUUUAGCACAGAAAACAACCAUUGCAGCACUUCGGCACCUCAGGCAAAUUGCCCAUGAGAGUAAUGGUGAAGUUCCAUUCAGUAUGGGGCGACAACCUGCUAUCUUGAGGACUUUCAGUCAGCGACUGAGCAGAGGUUUUAAUGAUGCUGUGAAUGGAUUUGUCGAUGAUGGUUGGUCGUUACUGGGUAGCGAUGGGAUUGAGGAUGUCACAAUUGCUAUAAAUUCUUCUCCAAAUAAACUAUUCGAUACUCAUGCUAAUUCCUCAACGAUGUUUUCAGCUCUCGGUAGUGGAAUUCUUUGUGCAAAAGCAUCCAUGCUGCUGCAGAAUGUUCCUCCAGCUAUGUUGGUUCGUUUCUUGAGGGAGCAUCGCUCUGAAUGGGCAGAUUGUGGCAUCGAUGCAUAUUCUGCUGCCUCUUUGAGAGCUUGCCCUUUUGCAGUCCCUGGUGUUCGGCCUAGUGGUGGAUUUUUGGGUAGUCAAGUCAUACUUCCUCUUGCACACACUGCUGAACAUGAAGAGUUCUUGGAGGUGGUCAGGCUCGAAGGGCAUGGUUUUAAUCAGGAUGAUAUAAUUUUACCGAGGGAUUUAUACUUGCUCCAGCUUUGCAGUGGAAUUGAUGAAAAUGCUGCUGGUGCUUGUGCUCAGCUUGUUUUUGCACCUAUCGAUGAAUCUUUCGAUGAUGAUCUUCCAUUACUACCAUCAGGUUUUCGUGUCAUACCACUGGAUCUUAAAUCAGAUUCUCCUUCGGCUACACGAACACUCGAUUUGGCAUCCACACUCGAGACUGGCUCCGGGGGGACUGCUCGCUCUGUUACUGAUUCUAGCUCCGGCGCUUACAAUCUGCGGUCUGUCCUUACAAUCGCCUUCCAGUUCACUUACGAUAAUCACCUGCGAGAUAGUGUGGCAACAAUGGCCCGACAGUAUGUUAGAAGUGUGGUCACCUCGGUGCAGAGAGUUGCUAUGGCAAUUUCACCUUCUCGUCCUGGUAAUCAGCUUGGAGUCAAGAAUCCACCUGGUUCCCCUGAAGCUCACACGCUUGCGCAAUGGAUUUCUACAAGCUAUAGGUCUCAUUCUGGGGUCGAACUUUUCCGAGCAGAACCACAAGCUAGUGAUGCUUUGCUCAAACUGCUGUGGCACCACACUGAUGCAAUCAUGUGUUGUUCUUUGAAGGCUUCACCGGUGUUCACAUUCUCGAACCAAGCCGGGCUGGAUAUGCUUGAGACCACCUUGAUUGCUCUGCAGGACAUCACACUCGAAAGGAUUCUCGAUGACAACGGUCGGAAAGCACUUUGCUCAGAGUUCCCCAAGAUCAUGCAGCAGGGUUUUGCUUGCCUUCCUCCCGGCAUCUGCUUGUCGAGCAUGGGGAGGCCGGCAUCCUACGAGCAAGCUGUGGCAUGGAAAGUCCUGAAUGACGAUGACUCGCCGCAUUGUCUUGCCUUCAUGUUCCUCAACUGGACCUUUGUUUGACCAAACUACAUCAUGCAAGUUAUAUCUAUCUGGUGCUAGUAAUGGAUGAAACUUUAAAAUGUCAUCCCUUUUGUCUAAGUUAUUGCUGUUGAACUUCUAGAUUGUUUCUGAAGACAAGUAAUGUCUGUAUAUUUAGUGCAAACCUGAAGAACUAUUCUAUGCAACUAUGAAUGCUUUCUCUUCCUUGAA